AUAUAACAAUCUUAGCUGUUAUGUUUGGAAGCUCAAAUACAUUUGGAAGCUCCACAUUUGGAGGUUUUGGUGCUAACACAAACAACAAUGCCACCUCUGGGGGACUCUUUGGAAACAAAGCAACCAACGCUUUUGGAAGCCCAGCAGCAAGCACCUUUGGCUCCACCACCGGCACUGGCUUUGGAAACACAACAAGUGGAGGUCUAUUUGGAGCCAAGCCAGCCAACACAGGCACCACUCUAUUUGGAGCCAGUAAUACUGGCACAAGUUCUUUUGGCAACACUACAUUUGGUGGAGCAACAAACCCUACUACUAACACUGCAUUUGGAGGAUCCUCAAUAUUCGGUAACAAUAAUGCCAGUACAGCCAGUACUGGUGGACUCUUUGGGAGCACAGGAAACACAUUUGGAAGUAAUACCACAAGUGCUUUUGGGUCAACCCCUGCUAAUACUGGCUCUUCAUUAUUUGGUGGCACUGCAUCCACAUUCGGAGCAUCCACUCAGCAGAAUGGAUCAAAUAUAAAAUACAACCCAAUGAUUUCUCAAGACACUCAACAAAUCAAAGGUCAACAUCAGACUGUUCAAGUAAAACUACAAGUCAUAACGGGCAUGAAAGAGUACGAGACAAAAAGUGUAGAAGAGAUACGCUGCGAAGACUACAUUGCUGGCAGAAAAACUGGCCCAGCUGCAGGAACUACAGCUGCUCCAACUGGGGGCAUGUUUGGUGCAACUCCAGCAGCUGCCACUACCACCAACACCUUCGGGGGAUUUGGUUCCAACACCAAUACUAACACUUCUGGAGGACUGUUUGGUGCCACAAAUAACACUGCCACAACCGGUGGGCUGUUCGGAAAUACUAAUACAGCUGCCAAGCCAGGAGGAUUGUUUGGAAGCACAAAUACAGGUACAACCAGCUUAUUUGGUGGCACAACCAACACCAACACUGGAGGCACAUUCGGUGCCACAAACACUUUCGGUGCCACAAACACUGCCAGUACAUUUGGUAGCACUGGAACUAGCCUAUUUGGGAACACCAAUAAUGCUAAACCUGGUGGCCUUUUUGGUAACACUGCAACUAGUACUGCUGCUACUGGGGGAUUGUUUGGUGGCACUGCUACUAACACCUUUGGAAACAACACCAAUACUGGAACAAGUCUGUUUGGUAACACGAACACAAAUACUCCAGCUGCAGGAGGCCUGUUCGGUAAUACUGCCGCAAACAACACUUCAGGAAGCUUGUUCGGAAACACAGCCAACAAACCAACUUUCAGCGCUUUUGGGAACACCAAUACUGCCGCUGGUACCACAGGGUUUGGUUCUACUGGAACGGGUCUGUUCGGUAACACCAACGGUAAACCAGCAUUCAGCCUGGGUGGAAACACAGGAACCACGUCACUCUUUGGGAACAACAACACAGCUACCAAUACUUUCGGUGCAGCCAACACAGGAGGGAGUAUGUUUGGGAACACCGCCGCCAAACCAGGAGGCUUGUUCGGAACAUCAACGUUCGGUGCCGCUAACAACACUGGAACAUCACUGUUCGGCAAUAACAACGCUAACAACUCUUUAUUAGGGGGUAACAAUCAGCAGCCUGUUUUAGGUGCUUCACUAGACAGUACACAUAUCCACCAAGUUGUAGCAGCCCUCUCCUCCACCCCCUUUGGAGACUCACCCCUCUUCAGAACCGCUCUCAACGAACACAAGAAACUGAAACCCUCUACCCCUCCUCCUGCCAGUCUGGGAAAUAACAAGAGCAGAAUUAAUACCAAACUUUCUGCUGUACGACCAAAGCCCCUGAACGCAGGAUAUAACCAGCUAUUUGAGGGUCUAGAAGACGACAUAUCACCGUCCCCUGAAGCGUUCCUUCCACGUAGCAGUCUUAAGAAACUAGUUCUACAGUCUAACAGAUACAGUGAGCCAGAGACACCUGAUCCUGUGGAAACAGUCAGUAAAGCUGAGCAGUACCAUGUAGACGACAACCAACAACCAGAGAUAGUAAUGGAUACAACAAUGAAUACGAUAGUAUCCAACCGAGAACAAGAACAGCCUGAUAACAUCCGACCCAAUCUUAACACCACCCCAAUCAAAGACAUUUCACCCAUCAGAAAGUUACCAUUCGACGACACACACGCGGAGAUGAUAGAAGAAGCGGACACCUCCGCUACAGAACCAAACAUAGUCGCUCUAAAAACAGAGAAAUCUUCGCCAGCAAGGGAAGAAAAGUUAGCAGACACAACUAUAACUGAGGAUGAUACAGCAAUCGAAAUAGAGGAGCCGAUAUUAGGACUAGAUGGGAAGCCUCUAAAACCACCUCCCCCCACAUUGCCCUUCACUCUAAACCGUCCCGAGUACUACACAGUUCCUGGAACUGACGAUCUUGUGGACUUGAUUAAAGACGAGAGUUUGGUUGUUAAUGAUCUCAUUGUGGGUAGGACAGGAUACGGAGAAGUGAAGUUCCUGGGAGAAGUGGAUGUUUGGGGAAUGGACCUGGACAACACGAUAUUCUUUAGAAGGAAGGAGAUAUCAGUCUACCCUGACGACAAGAACAAGCCCCCUCAAGGCCAGGCUCUCAACAGACGAUCAGAGGUUACAUUGGAGUGUGUUUAUCCGAUAGAUAAGGGAACACGUGACAACAUAACAGAUCCCAAAGAAAUAAUCAAGAGAGGAUUCCCAAACUAUCUCGAGAAGAAGACAUUCAAAAUGGGGGCUAAGUUCGUGGAAUACAAGCCCGAGACUGGACAGUGGACCUUUAUGGUGAAGCACUUCAGUCAGUAUGGUUUACUCGAAGACAGUGAGGAAGAAGAAGAUGAAGAAAGAAAAGAAGCUGCCAAAAAGCUAAAAGAAGAACCACUUUCUGCAGAAAAUUCCUUCGACGAUGAAGGGAAGGAAGAUGUGAACUUGUUUAGUGAUGACGACAAUAUGUCGGAAGGUGAAGGAUACGACACCCCUCACGAAGUUUCCUUCGUUCCUCGCCCCGUUCCAAAAGAGUACGAGGGUUACAAAGCAGGGCUGUUUGGGUUUAACGAGAGCGAGGAAGAGGAUGAAGAUAACCAGGAAGAAGAGGAUGAUGGUGAGAUGUUCGUGCAGGGAUCUCAUUUUAACUACUCUUCCAGUAUCAGCCUCUCUAAAAAGGGAUCUCUUGCUAAAACCGCUCUAAAGAUGGAGAAACUGGACAUGAGUGAGAACAUGGCUGCAAGUCCCAAAAUCCUCAAAGCAAGUCUUCUCAAAGAAAAGAUGCUCACAAAGCCUGCUGAAGAGGCUUCUCCUAAAUUUGGAGUCUCAGUAGUACCCUCAGUUUUGUGUCUGCCACCACUUUCCAAAUCAAUCGCAAGCGAACGCACUCAUCUCAAGAUGGACGAGGGACUCACCCGACACUUCGCUUACCGCGCAAACUGGACCUCCACAAACAGGCUCCUAGUAAAGUCAGACCACGUGUCAGGUAAGGGCUCAGUGGGACGGAACCUGUUUGACUCCUCCCGGACCGUGUCCACAACCGGAGGAUCCGGACUAGAUGUGACGGAGAUUUCCUGCGGUUCUACUCCGGAGUACCACAGUGAUCUGUUGGAGGUGAUGCUGGAACACACCACGUUUGAUGAGCAGGAUGGAGCUGUUAUUGCUGUGCCUAACAAAGGUUCAGAUUGUUUAGAGGAACUCCUGGUGAAGCUUGCUGAAAGAGAGGAUCUGACUGUGCUGGGUCCUGCGCUGCAGCUAAUCAAGGCUCUGUGGGCGGAUGAGCAGAUGAAAGAUGGAGACUACGCUGCGGAACAAUUCCGCAAAUCUCGCUUAUCAAACUGGUUGGGGGCCCAGCUGAAGGUCCUGGCUCAAAAGCUGACAAUCGAACACUCCAAGCUAGGUGUGUGUCACCUCCCUGCUGUUAUCGGCUGGUUGUGUGCUGGAGGUAUCCAGGAGGCGUGUCAGUUGUUGUGUAAAGCCGGGGAUUUCCAGCUCGCUCUGCUGGUGUCUCAGUCCUCUACUCCAAUUGUCAGACAGCUGGUUCUGAAACAACUACAUGAGUGGAGAGAGUCUGGGUAUGAUGCUCUUAUUUCUGAGGAUAGACUCAGAGUUUAUGUUAUGUUGGCAGGGGAACAGGUAUGGGAGAGUUCAACUCGCACUAUCAACGUAUGUGAAGGUUUGGACUGGCUCUCAUCCUUUGCUCUGUACCUGAGGUUCCUUCCUCCUUCUGCUCCUCUUGAUCAGGCUGUUGUCAUGUUCCAACAAGCUUUCGAAUCUGGCCAGGCAACACCACCAGUAGUAGAUGACGAAGCUAACAUGAGUAUAUUCUGGCAACUGCUGAUGUUAUACUGCAAUCCUGCUUACCCUCUAGCUGAUGUUCUCAACAACCAGGGUAUUACUGGAAAUAUGUUGGAUGAGCGAGAUGUAUGGUUUAUCUGGAGCACCCUCACUUCCUUGGGACUCCCCCGCGCAACACCCCACCUCGCCUCCAAACUAGUAACCAGCUACGCUGCGCAGCUAGACCGUAUCGGAAUCUGGGAGUGGAGCAUCUUCGUUGCGCAGCACCUACCUGCUGGCAGAUCUGCGACUAUUCGCAAUUUAGUGCAGAGAAAAAUCACGCGCAACACGACUGAUGUAUCGACUUUGUGCGAAGAAGAGAGGAGAUGUUUGCACGAUUACCACGUGGAUAGUAAUGUGUUUCAUUGUGCACGUGCGCUUCAUGCACGUUAUGCGCGAGAUUGGGGCAAGGUCGUCACCUGGUACACUGCAGCUGAGAUGUUUGAUGCAGCUCACAGGAUACUCAUGGAUAAUAUAGCACCCCAGAAGAUAGUAUCUCGAGAAGAAGGAGAUCUGGUACCACUGUUAACUGCCCUGCAGGAACACAGUUACAAUAUCCUGAACUGGGGGAAGGAGGGUGCUGUUUACUUCUCAUACCUUCACCUUCCUUCUGUUCUACCUCAGGGAGAGGAAGAACUAGAGUUAGCGCGGCUCAAGAUCAGUACCACCGGACAUCUGCUCAACAACCUUCCUUACACUACUCUUACAGAGAUAUGUGCUGUUAAUAUGAUGGGUCUCCGAACUUGUACUCUCCUUGUUGAGGUGUGGCGAGCUCUGUUUGGCGACACGGAAAACAGGGAACUACUACUGACAAUGAAGACAUUCCCCUUACCAAGCGACUACUGGAUCAACGAUAUUAUCACCAAGCUCUCUUGUGAGAUAAUUGCUGAAGAACAGCUGGACAUGGUUCAUUGAGAUGACCACUUUUUGUUCGAUACAACAGUCGAUUUUAAGUUAAUUUUGAUGGUGUAGUUAAGAAUUGUUUGCUGUUUUAAGUUGUGCUUUCGAAAGGCUUUACGUUUCUUUUCGCGAAUUUCGAUGCAUGUUUUUUCUGAUUGAAGAAGAAAAAAAAGGGCAAGAUUAGAAUGUGUUGAACUUUUAAUUUUUUGUUUCUAGAUACAUUAAAGUUAGAAUGUAAAGAUAAACGAUUUAAUUUAGAGUGAUAAGGAUAUUGAUUAAUUGACUGCCAUGGCCGAGAAGCAGUUUGUCGCUGAAACCUUAGAUUUUCCUGAUUUGCUCCGCUUUUUACUCUUUUACUGGAUUUGUAUUUAAAAUUAUCAAAAUAAAUGUAUGCAUCGUUCGGUA